AAUAUUCUGGAAGCUAGAGAUUCUUUACCUAUAUCUAAGCUUAAGAGUAAUAUUCUACAAUUGCUAGUUGAGAAUGAUGUGAUUGUUGUUUGUGGAGAAACAGGUUGUGGAAAAACAACACAGGUUCCUCAAUUCAUUUUGGAUGACAUGAUCCAAUCAGGUCUCGGUGGAUACUGUAACAUAGUGUGCACACAACCCAGAAGAUUAGCGGCUAUCUCUGUGGCAGAAAGAGUGUCGGAUGAGCGAUGUGAGCCUUCACCUGGUAGUGACGGUUCAUUGGUUGGUUAUCAAGUACGCCUUGACGUUGCAAGGAAUGAGAAGACAAAACUUUUGUUUUGUACAACAGGAAUCCUUCUCAGGAAGCUGGCUGUAAAUAAAGACUUGGCUGGUAUCACACAUGUGAUAGUUGAUGAAGUUCAUGAACGAUCACUUUUGGGUGACUUUUUACUCAUUGUUCUCAAAAACCUUAUUGAGAAGCAAUCUGAUAUUGCCGGGCAAAAGUUAAAAGUGGUUCUCAUGUUUUUUUUAACAUAA